CACUGUCUUCCAGCACGAAUCCCUUGUCCUCCCCCAGACUUGACGAUGCUACCCGAAUCUUUCCUAUCCUGACAGAUGCGGCCCUCAUAAGUUCGCCAAAGCUUUCGCGUUAUGCCUCGGCAACAAAGGAAUUUUGCCCUUUUCUCCCGGGUUCGGAGUUGGCGUCCCGCUGGACAUGGCCUCCCCUCAGAGCCUGUUCCGAAAAUCUCCUGAAGAGUACAUGUCUCGGAUGGGGCAGGACACUACGGAUGGGAUAGGACACUACGGAUGAUUUAAACUUCCCUCCAACGCCCGCCUCGAGAUCGAUUGACAAUGACAUCGACCCCUUGGCCGCCAUGGGCGCCGUAAUGGCCGUAGAAGAAAUAACACACGUCCCUGAGAACCCCAAGCCGCUAUUGCUUCUGGUUGAAGACAUUGUGAUUAACUUACAGCUUCUUACCACGUUUGUAACGAAAGUUAAAUACGAGUUCGCAACAGCGGAGAAUGGCCUUAUUGCGCUGGAAGCUUGCCAGAAUGCAAAGAGAUCUUUCGACAUAAUAUUCAUGGACGUUUUGAUGCCCGUUAUGGAUGGAAUGGCGGCCACGCGCGAGAUCCGAAGGUUAUAACGCAGCAGGCGGCAGAAGCCCGCCCUAACCAUUGCCCUGACGGGCCUCGGCUCGGCUAGCAGCUAGUAGGAGGCAUUCACGAAUGGCUUCAACGUAUUCCUGACGAAACCGGUCCGCUUCAACGCCCUACGUAAGAUUCUGACCGAAUGGACGCAUGAUGCCGAAGCGGAAAAGAGCAGCAGCGUCGGCAUCUUGGGUUAGAUGCGCGGGGUUUUCGAUCACUCAUUAGCUAAGGGAGGUUUAUUAUUGCAAAGGCUCGGUAGGUUCCGAAGGAAGUAAGUACCUCCCCACCCUGAGUUUCUUUUCUUUUUCUUUGCUCUCGUCUUUGUUUUCUUUCAUCUAGUUACUGAUGGCCAAGGCCAUGCGACAACAGGCUCGUCGGGCACUGCCGCUUGGCAAUAUCGCUCUUCGAAGACGUAAUCAUGCUAGGUUGCCUCUAGUCUUUUGACCGUUUCGGAGACUAGGGGGCGUU